CUCUGAGGUCAGAGCAGCCUCAGAGCGUCCCGCGCUGCACAGCUACAGGUCGCUGUCAGAGCCCAGCAGGUGUGACUGCGUCUGCAUGCCGACUGGCUGAUAAUCACCUGCCUGCUGCAGACUUCUAUUGCAGACGUUUGUCUGCUACUGAGCUCUCCUGUUUGCCAGUUUGAGUGUAUUAUCAUCUGGGGAUAAUCUCUGCCAGAGCAGACCGGUUAGAAACAUUUGAGGUGUGCAUCUCCAGCCGACCAGCACAAUGAACUUCGAUGACAUUUUGAGUAAAAUCGGAGGCUUUGGGAAGUUCCAGAAGCUCCUGUAUGUGUGGAUCUGUGUGCCUCAGAUAUUCCUGGCGUUCCACAUGCUGGUGUCCGUGUUCACCGGGGCCGUUCCCCCUCAUCUGUGCCGUUCCGCUUGGCCCUCAGGGGCCACCCCUGCCGCUUUGAACUUCAGCCUUCUGAGCGGGCCAGACGGCCCAUCUGAGCUGUCCUGCACCAUGGCCCUGAAUCAUAGCAGCGGCGGCACCGUGGCCCCUGGAGGAGCUGCAGCCCCCGGAGACGGGCACCCCACCACGAGCUGCCAGGACGGCUGGGAGUACAGCAAGGAGACGUUCCAAAGCACCACUGUCACCGAGUGGAACCUGGUCUGUUCCAGCUCCAGCCUCAACAACCUCGGCUCGUCCGUCUACAUGUUCGGACUCCUCGUCGGCGCUGUUUUAUUCGGUUACUUGGCUGAUAAAUAUGGUCGCCGGAUCAUCAUCCUCAUUGGCCUGGCUAUUCAAGCGACCUUUGGCGUGGCCGCUGCUUUCGCUCCCAAUUUCUACGUCUACACAGCCCUUCGCUUCAUGGUGGGAACGUCCAUCUCCGCUGUUAUCAUGAACGCCUUUGUUUUGGGUACUGAAUGGACGGGCCUGAGACAGCGCAUGCUGGCCGGGAUUAUCACAGACUACUUCUUCGGAUUUGGGUACAUCCUCCUGGCCGGGGUGGCGUACCUCAUAAGGGACUGGCGCAAGCUGCAGCUGGCUAUAUCUGCACCUGGCUUCCUCUUCAUUGUCUACAUUUGGGUUUUGCCAAAGUCGGCCCGCUGGUUGAUGGCCAACGACAGGAAGGAGGAAGCAUGGGACGUGAUCCAGAAGGCAGCCGAGAUGAAUGGGAAGCCCAUCAGUAAGGACAUGGAGAUGUGUCAGGUUUAUCAGACUGAAGAGAAAACCGAGCUGAAGAAAAAACACUCCCUGGUUGACCUCGUUCGAACCCCGACAAUGAGGAAGCAGUCCCUGAUCGUCUUUUAUCUUUGGUUUGUCAACGUCCUGGUGUACUACGGCUUGUCCCUCAACAUUUCCGACUUCGGAAUGAACAUCUACCUGACCCAGAUGAUCUUCGGCCUGGUGGAGAUGCCGGCACGCACCAUCACACUGUUCACCCUCAACCGCUCACGCAAGUUCUCUCAGCUGGCUUUCCUAGCAGUGGGAGGUUCUGCCUGCCUGCUGACCACCUGCAUCCCCAGCGACCUGUCCAUUAUCCGAACGGUCCUGGCCAUGAUUGGGAAGUUUGGGAUUACAGCCUCUCUGUCUAUCAUUUAUGUCUACUCAGCUGAAAUAUUUCCAACAGUGAUCAGGCAGAAUGGGAUUGGUAUAGGCUCCAUGUGUGCGCGGAUCGGCGGUGUCCUGGCUCCAAUGAUGCACCUUCUGAAGAACAUCAGUCCUCAUGCUCCCAUGAUCCUCUCUGGCCUGUGCCCGCUGCUGGGCGCUGGACUGACCCUGCUGCUGCCUGAGACGGCCAACAAGCCUCUACCGGACACAAUCGAGGACGUCGAGGGAGAAAACCUGACUUCAUAGGUUUUACUCUUCUGUUCAGUGAUUAGGAGGAAGGUGUGAAGGCAGCCAUCUUUGAUCCGAGGAAUGUUACCAUGGACACCCCCAGGAAGGAUUAGCGUCUCAGCACUGGCUGGCAUAUGUCAUGUGACAUUCAGUAUUUUUCAGUUUAUGUUUUUUGAGACAUAAGUCUUUACUUCCAGUGGAAGUUUCAGUUAGACUUUGUGUUUAUGGGUCUUUACAAGCUGCCCAAACUCUUUAAAUAAUGGUAUUUAUGAAAGUGUUUUUAUUCCCUCUUGAUCAGUUUUGUAUGUUUUUUUAUGGAGUAAUUUCUCUUGUUCCAGCGUGGUACAUUUAGUGAAUAUAGAAAGUGUCAUUCUGGUAAAGAUGUGUAAAAUUCUUAUAAUAAAUGAUUCCAGACCAGCAGCAUAUCAUCACAGAAGAAUGUAGAAAACUCAAAUUUCUAAUGUAAAGUGUGUUUAUUCAGUCUGAAAGUAAAUUCUCUGAGGAAUAAUUGUUUUUACAAUCUCCUCAGUGGCACACAUUUUGGACGACCGAGUUGAAGUUUGACGCUGGAAGCCACCAAAGUUUUGUUUGAAGCCGUCUGUUUGUUGGCCUGUUUGUUCUCUGUCUAACAAAAGUUCUCAGUGCUUCGAAACAAAAACAUGGGCCCACAGCAACACGGAGCCUUCACCGUACUUGUUGCUAAACCAAAUCUGAUUAAAUUCCCAGCAAACUCUACAUGUUUACAUUUGUGAUGUAAGACAGGAAGGUUCUUUUUUUCUGGCACCAUUCCCAAACUAGUCUAAUGGUUGCCAUGGAGCCAGAAUGUCACGUUUUGCUGGCUCCUUGUUCUGCCUACUGGCUAAAAGAAAUUGGCUUUUGUGUCACAUCAUAUUUUUCCCUAGAGAAACUGAAACUUAUUGGAAUUCCUAUACUCUGAUCAAUGUAGAAAUGAUUAAUGUUGGGUUUUCAACAUUGUGUUUGUUGCUAUUAAUUUAAAGAGGGUUUUUUGUUGUUGUUGAUUUUAGAAUUAUCUGCACAGUUGAUGGCAACAAAAAGGUCCUGGGUUGGAAUCCUGACCAGGGGUCUUUUUGUGUGGAGUUUGCAUGUUCUGCCUGUGCAUGCAUGGAUUUGCUCCGGGUACUCCGACUUCCUCCCACUGUUCAAAAACAUGACUGUCAGGUUAAUUAGUCUCUCUAAUUGUUCUUAGGUGCAUGUGUGAGGGUGCGCAUGUGUGUGUUGCUGUUUGUCCUGUGUGCUUCUGUGUUGUCCAGUGAUGGACCAGAGAUGUGUCCAGGUUUCUCCACGUCUCUCACUAAACCACCAUUUGAACUAAGUACCAAUGAAAAGAAUGUAGACAAUAGAUGUUUGGGGAACCAAUAAUUUUGCCACUGCUAAUUUUAUUAAAUAUAAUUAUUCCUCAUCAUGGGAUUUUUACCCCACUGAAUUAAUGCACUUAUAACAGACUGUUUUUUGGGGGGGGGGUUUGUGAUAUUAUUCGGCUGCUACAAAAGAUAAUUUCAUCUUUUUUAACACAACUUUACAAAGCAGGGCAUUUUAUUUGGUAAGGUAUUGUACUUUGUAAGAGUUUUAUUUAAGUAUCAGGCAGUGCUUGUUGUCAGGCAGUACAAGAAGUUCUGCCUGAUGAUGAGUUGGUGGUGCCUGAAGCUACAUGGAGUCAGACUUUAACUGAGCCCUUCAUCCUGAGACACUUUCACCUCACAGCUCGGUUCUGAUUGUGUGAAAGCAAACGGUUCUCGUCUGACAGUAUCAAUCAGAUGGUAUUUGUGCAAUUUGAUUUUCUUGUUUGUUUUUUGCAUUAUUUUGUCUGAAGGUUAUAUGGUUAAAAUAAAGGGAUCAAGAGACAUUUUAUUCAGUAUUCUCCCAGUUCGCUGUCAGUAAUUUAUCGGCGCCUUCCUCACUAAUCAUGGCUGUUAGCCUGUGAACAAAGCCGUCUCUGUGAAGAAACUGCUUUCCCAGACUGUUGUGAAAGACUUUUUCCGGCUUGUUGGGAGUUCUAACCUUCAAAGCAUCCAGCAGCUGUAGGACUUAUCAGCCAGAGUUAGUUUUGUCUUUGUUUUGCCUCAUCAUGUAGUUUUGCUGAAGGGUUUGCUGCUACAUUUGCAGACCUAAAGGUCAGUUGAGCUACGGCUGGCGCAUCGCUGCUGCCUCCCAUUGGCCCACUUAAAGGCAGGUGGGAGUGGGAAGCGCUUCCAUGUUUACAGUGAUGACUCGCAGCCAAACAUAUCUUUGAGGAAACACUCUCUAGUGGAUAGAGGGUGUCACCUCCUCUCUGGCAGCUCAACCAGUAUCUGAUGUGUGAAAAAUGUGCUUUACAUCUCAUCCAUGCAUUUAUGAACGUUCACGUUAUUUUUCAGAUUAUAUUGUUGAUACUGUAUAUUUUUACUGACUGCGAAAUAAAGGUCGUCUGAGAGCA